AUGCCACAGCAGGCUGCCCCCACGAUGAAGUCCUCGCCCCCACCCUUCAUCGCCGCCCAGGUGCCCGUCCUGGAGCCCCAGCUCCCAGGCAGCGUCUUCGACCCCAUCGGCCACUUCACCCAACCCAUCCUGCACCUGCCGCAGCCCGAGCUGCCCCCUCACCUUCCCCAGCCACCCGAGCACAGCACUCCGCCUCAUCUCAACCAGCACUCAGUGGUCUCUCCUCCAGCUUUGCACAACGCGCUGCCCCAGCAGCCAUCGAGGCCCAGCAACCGAGCCGCCGCCCUACCCCCCAAGCCUGCCCGGCCCCCUGCUGUGUCACCCGCUCUGGCCCAGCCGCCCCUGCUCCCACAGCCCCCCAUGGCCCAGCCACCUCAAGUGCUGCUGCAGGAGGAAGAGGAGCCACCCACCCCACCCCUCACCUCCAUGCAGAUGCAGCUCUACCUGCAGCAGCUGCAGAAGGUGCAGCCCCCCACACCUCUACUCCCUUCCGUGAAGCCCCCAGGCCAGCAGCCACCCCCACCACAGCCCGCCAAGCCUCAGCAAGUCAUCCAGCAUCACCCUUCACCCCGGCACCACAAGUCGGACCCCUACUCAACCAGUCACCUCCGCGAAGCCCCCUCCCCGCUUAUGAUACAUUCCCCCCAGAUGCAACAGUUCCAGAGCCUGACCCACCAAUCGCCACCCCAGCAAAGUGUCCAGCCGAAGAAGCAGGAGCUGCGAGCGGCCUCUGUGGUCCAGUCCCAGCCCCAGCCCCUGGUGGUGGUGAAGGAGGAGAAGAUCCACUCACCCAUCAUCCGCAGCGAGCCCUUCAGCCCCUCGCUGCGGCCGGAGCCCCCCAAGCACCCGGAGAGCAUCAAGGCCCCCGUCCACUUGCCCCAGCGGCCAGAGAUGAAACCUGUGGAUGUUGGAAGGCCUGUGAUCCGGCCCCCUGAGCAGAAUGCGCCCCCACCAGGGGCUCCCGACAAGGACAAACAGAAACAGGAGCCGAAAACACCAGUAGCACCUAAAAAGGACCUUAAAAUCAAGAACAUGGGCUCCUGGGCUAGCCUGGUGCAGAAGCACCCCACCACCCCAUCCUCCACAGCUAAGUCAUCAAGUGACAGCUUUGAGCAGUUCAGACGUGCUGCCCGUGAGAAAGAGGAACGUGAGAAGGCCCUGAAGGCGCAGGCUGAGCAUGCAGAGAAGGAGAAGGAGCGACUGCGGCAGGAGCGCAUGAGGAGCCGUGAGGAUGAGGACGCACUGGAACAGGCCCGGCGAGCCCACGAAGAGGCACGCCGGCGCCAGGAGCAGCAGCAGCAGCAGCAGAGGCAGGAGCAGCAGCAGCAGCAGCAACAACAACAGGCGGCCGCAGUGGCCGCAGCCACCGCCGCCCCCCAGGCCCAGAGCUCCCAGCCUCAAUCCAUGCUGGACCAGCAGCGGGAGCUGGCCCGAAAGCGGGAGCAGGAGCGAAGGCGCCGGGAAGCGAUGGCAGCUACCAUUGACAUGAAUUUCCAGAGUGACCUAUUGUCAAUAUUUGAAGAAAAUCUUUUCUGAGACCACCUAGGUGACUUCUGACUUUGAUUUUCUGGCAAAAAGUUGACUCUACAUAGUGUUAGGGGCGGCAGCAGAGGCGGUAGCAGUGUCCAUGACCUGUCUCCGGACCUGGCCCUCGUGCAUGCUAUGCCGGGGCAGGCCUGACGGGCAGCUAAGGACUGCAGAGCCGUCUGCCUUACAGCCAGCCAGACGUCCUGACACCCUCACAGAAUAUCAGCUCAGAGCACGUCUCACCACGAGCAAGUGUCGGCUAGACCCAAGUCUGCGUCCCCGCGUGCGGGCAGAGGCCCUACUCUCCGCCAAAUGUCUACACAGUAUACACAGGACACCGUCGCUGCCGCCACCAUGACUGGUUUUCUGUCCCCGAAAACAUGACGUUCAUGACGUCCUGCCUGCCGGGAGUCCUUCCCCACACCCCAGCCCCAGAUGCCUGACCCCAGGACAGCAGGGCAGGCCCUAGUGAGCUGGAGGCGGAAGAGGGCACCGGCCCACCCCCUUGCUGGCACUGACUUUGCCUUGAACAGAUCCCACCCCUACCCUCCCCCCACAAGCCUUUAAUCGAGAGCCGCUCUCUGUAAGUGUUCGCUUGUGCAAAAGGGAAUAGUGCCGUGGAGGUGUGUGUGUGUCCAUGGCAAUCCAGAGCGAGGUGACUGUCACGUGCGUGUGGGCCAGCCUCGCCUGGUGAAUGAGGCCACCAACCAAAGUCAGUUCCUUCCCACCUGUGUUUCUGGGUUUUUUUUUUCUAUAUAUAUAUAUAUAUAUUUUUUGUUGGAUUCUAUUUUAUUUUUAAUUCUCUCUUCUCCUCCAAACACAAUGGCACUGCUUAUCUCCAAAACGGUGUAAUCCUCUCCUCAUUGGGCAGCAGUUGCCACCGCGCUGUGGGUAGUGUGUGACUGUGGCUGUAUAGUGAAACAUAGUUGGCAUAUCUUUAUUUGAAGUUGGUGACUGCACCGAACUGGUGUAAAAAAACCUCAAAAAACCACAAAACACAAAAAAACUGCCUACAUUGUACUCAGUUUCAAACUUUAUUAGUCUAUUUUUAAUUAUAAAACCAGAAAGCUGUGUUUUCUUUUCCCAGCCCCAUUCAUUGGCUUCUUUGUUUUUUAAUGUUAAAUCUGUUUGAGUUGUUUUUUUACCAGAAAAGGAAGGGUCAGGCCAGGGCUCACGGCAGUGCCAGGGCCACAGACUGAGGCAGAGGCUCCAGGCCCGGCACCAACCCAGUGCUUGCCCUCCCAGCCAGCUGCCACUUCCCCCAUUUUUUUUUAAGUUUUAUAAUUGGAACCCUUGGUGAGGUUACGCGUGCCAUGAGAACCCACUCUACACCUCAACACUGGUGCCUCAGUGUUGGCCAUACUCUGGAGUCAGUGACUGGUUUGACUUUCAUACAGUGAAUAUGCAUUUGGUCUGUACUGAUCAUGGAAUAAACACAUCUCUCUUUUUUUAAUGCUGGCGUCUCCCUGACAUUUCUUUGUGAACCUCCUGUUGUCUAGGGUAGGCCCAGGAGUCUCUGGACCCCAAAUCAUGUCUGUAUAAUAACUCCCACCAGGGGUCACCUAGCUUAUUUCCUAUGAUCUGUCCCUGCCGUCCUAAGCUGAAGCUGACAGGGAGCCCAGAUACCCAUUCCUUCCUAGGCAGGGAAGCCGUGCUCCAGCAGAACCUGGCCAGACUCCAGACAGUAUUCUCCACUCUCCUACAUCCUUGUCCCCCACUCACCAGGGGAUUUGGUCAACUUCUCUCAUCUUGCCUCCCUCUACCUAAUUCCUUUCGUUUAAGCUCAGGGUUACCAGAUAUUCUUAGAUAAGUGUACAUCUUCCCAACUAGGAUCCUCCCUCACAUGCAAAUGAGCACCCACACAUUUCUGCCAGAGAGAACCCACCAGGUGGCCAUCCUGGGUGCCCAUCAGUAGCGACAAGGUAAGCUCAGUACCCAGGAGCAGGCCCUAGGAUGUAAGAUGAAAGUAUAUCACUUAUAUGUAUGCACAGAUACUGACUGAAACAUUUCUAGCACUGUUUAUUAACCUAUAUUCCCCUUUUUUAACUAGAAAGGCACGGUGUAUUGUGUUUGGGAUCUCCCAAACCUCCCUGUUAGGUGUAGUUCGGCAUCCAGCCAGAGCACCACCACCACCACCCCUCUGCAAACCUGCCCCCACCUUCCAGGCACUUCCUCACAUACCACUGUGCUGGUUCAAGUACGACUUAUAUUUUGGUUCUUCGGAGUAUUUUCUAUCCCAUCCCACACCCUCAUUUUUGUUCUGUGUUUUGUUCCGAAACUUCCCCAGGCCAGGUCCGACUGGAGAAAUGGUUGUCUACACCUUCUAAAGAGUGAAUUCUGCCAUGGCCCUCUCCACACCUCCCUCAUAGGUGUUUCUCUAACUGGGUUGUAAUUAGAACUUGGAUCUAUUUAAUUUCUCUGGCCAUUCCCCAAUCCUUCCCACAGUACGAGAAAUCUUAGUCUUAUAAAAGAGUGAGAGGUGUAUACAAGCCCCCACUGUACUGUAUGCACGGAUCGCUUGGCCAAUAAUUAUGUCAGUGAAUCUGAGACUUGUAUUAAACACUUUAGACAUUUGUAGAAAGGAAUUCGUAGACUUUUCACUUAUAUACUAAAGGUUUUUUUUUGUGCAGUUCUCAUUGCAAAAAUAAACAUUUGUACUGAAUAUAAAAUUA